CCGUCGGUCGCCGUGCUGUGGACACACCGAGUCCACCGAGCUGCCUAAUCACCGAUAUCACCAUAAACACAAAAGAAGCAUUUCCAGGAACUUUCCAGGAAUACGGUCACGUGGUGCAGCGAGGAGCGAUUUAAGUGGUUUUAUUGUCGUGGUCGAGUUAUGGAGUCGACGGAGAGCAGAUUCGCUCACCUGCUGCAGCCAAUCAGAGAGCUCACCAAGAACUGGGACAUCGACGUGGCUUCAGAGUUAAACGACUAUUUAGAGGAGUUGGAUGAGAUGUGCAUCACGUUCGAUGGAGGGAAAACCAGACUGAACUUUGCCGAAGCAGCUCUGUUGAUCCAAGGCUCAGCCUGCAUCUACAGCAAGAAGGUGGAGCUGCUGCACAGUCUGGUUUACCAAACUCUGGAGUACAUCAACGACAAGAAUAAGAAACGGAACAAACAGUCUUCGUCUCAGGACGACGACGCAGACGGAGCAGAGAGCGGACACGAUGCGGACGAUGGCGCUGUGUUCUCUCCCGUAGACGCCGCCGACGACUCAGAGGACUCUCACAACACCGACCCCACCACGUCUGCCAGUGUGAUCCCUCUUCCUCCUGAGUCUCUGAUUCCUCCUGAAAACACAGAGAAGAACAAACUGCCGCUCAUCAGUCUGAAAGGUGAGAUCCUGUGCAGUCUGAAAGAGUUCAGGUUCAACAUCUUCAUCCCAGGAGACGAAGACCUGAUCCUCCUCAUGCUCCGAUCGGCUGCGACCAGACUUCUGAUGGACGAACAUCCUGCAGACUGGCAGCAGCAACAAGAUGUUGCUGUGGCUCCAGAUGUUGCUGUGGCUCCAGAUGUUAGAGAUGACGGAGGCGACGCUGCAGACAACUUCCUUCCUUUAGAGGACAACAACAUGGAGCUGGACCAGGACCCAGAGGAGCACGUGGACCAGGACCCAGAGGAGCACGUGGACCAGGACCCAGAGGAGCACGUGGACCGACACCAGGCUCCGGGUGAAGGCAGGAUGAUCCGAGAGAGACGGCCGGUGGAAGACGACCAUCAGAGGAGGAAGGAGGAGCCGGCGCCCGCCGUGAACGUGUGGACGCUCCACGACCCGUACGCCGUCCUCGGGGAGGACAGACCCUUUAGAGCAGGGAAAUGCUACAAGGUUCCUGAAGGUGUGGACGACGGCGGGAAGAGGAAGAGGAAGCGAGCUGCUACCCUGCAGGACUUCAGGAGCUGGUUCAGAGGAGCCUUCGAUCGUCCAGAGCACAAGUUAAAGAACGGACCCACUUUUACAGACCUGAACUACGUUUAUUUGAGCUCGAUUAAAGACAAACUGAAGACCCGACAGAGGAUCUACAGGAGGGCGGGCGUGGUCGUCUCUGAGGAGGAGCUGAGGCGGACCUUCCUGCAGGUGGAGGAGGCGGGGCCACAGCAGCAGGGGGAGGAGCCUGUGGACGGAUUCAGACACCCCGACCUGCUGGGUGGAGACGACGACAACUCAGACAACGAACACGAAGCGUUUCCUGACGACCUUCCAGCUGAGUUUGUUGGAGGAGCAGACUUCAUAUCAGCAGAAACUCAGAGAGACGAACUGAGUUAUGAAGAUCUGGUGAAGCUGCGUGUCGAGCAGCUGAUGGUGAACAGUCAGGGUUACACUCAGGAGACGGCUCUGUCUCGGAGGGUUAAAGACUGGGAGGACAAGAUCCGACCUGAACUGGUGCUGCAGGAGGAGCGUUCAGCGUUUGACAUCCACGAUUAUGGCGACAGGAUCGUGGGAUCGCUGAGCGCCGUCGGCCACCGCAGAGCGUUCUCCUCCAUCGUCGCCGGUCUGGACAACUUCGAGGCCUGCAAGUACCUGCUGGCCUCCCUGCAGCUGGCCAACGACUACACGGUGGGGGUGGACAGCGUGGACGGUCUGGAGGAGAGCGUGGACUCGAUGGGACUGACUCUGCUCAGCACUCUCAGAGCGACGGACAGAUUCAAAACUCUGACUGCUUCAACCUGAAAGAUCUUCAUCAUCAUCAUCAUCAUCAUCAUCAUCAUCAUCAUGUCUGUGUGUAACAGCUCGUCUCUGAUCAUAAAUAUGUUUAAUAUGAAUAUUUCUAAUAAAAACUGGAUGAAUUGGUUCACAAACAAAACAA